CUCGUACUUGCCUGGCGAAGUUCCCCUGAUUAGGCGGAUGCGACCACCGACCGAACCGCCAUAUACUGAUGAACUACGAAAAAGGAAACCGAAUCGAAAGUCAGCAGAAUAUCAUAGCCAUAUCCCGUAUGUAUCCCCGCAGAUCACUGUACCCACUAUGAGCAAAAUCGGAUUUGGUGUUCGUACGUUGACCUCAGGACGCCACACAAAACUGGGCCGAAACACAGAUGUCGUCAUCACACUUGUUCCAUCGCCUGGGGAUGGGGAGAGCGUGAUGAGUUCUGGUGGCUUUAUUCCAAUACCUUGGAAGAUCCUUAAUUUCCAAGCCAAUAGCAGUACAUACCGUUCAGUUACUAUACACUCAGAGAUUGCCGUUUGCACAGUCAAGGAAAAGGCAAAUGGCGUCCUGACCCCUCAGCUCAGUGAAACACUUACGAAAGGUGGCGAGAUUGUACUCAAGAUUAUGAAACCGGGGGAGCAGGACGAGGACGAGCAGGGCGAGUUGCAAUGGAUUAACACAGACGUCACCGGAAAACAGCAGACUACACCUGCAUCUGCCAAUGACAAUUUCAUAAUCAAGAAUGAGUAUGAGGAUACUAGGCUUGCUCUAUGCUUAACCGACGAGGACGGUGAACGUCUACCUAUCGUUGAUUUGGGCGAACUCCCAAAGAAUCAAAUAUUCACGAUCAAUGGCCCGUUAUGUGUGCAAGCCUACGUCAUGGCAGGACAAACGGUGGGAAAGCCGCUGAAAUCGACGAACUAUGUCCCGUCGCUGGGACCUAUGGCUGUAGGCGAUAUCUCCGAGAAAUCAUUCAAACUUUAUACCAAGCCAAACGGAACAACCAUUCUUGAGUAGCCCUCAUAAUAGUGUCUUAUAUGUCGGAAUGGUACAACACAGAGGUUCGCGAAUAGUGGUAGUGAUAGGUCGCCAGUGUCGUUGCAUACCAGAAUUCAAUGCGAUCUAAGUUUAAAGAUCAC